GAAGGCAGGAGGUGCUGCAGGCUGGUAAUCAUCUGAGGAGCUUCAAAACUAUACGCCAGGGUCUGAAUUAUGCCCCCCAAAAAGAAGAAAGGAGGGAAGAAAUCGGGGAAAAAGAAAGCCGAAAAGGUCGAGGAGCCACUGACAGAAGAGUGCAAGGAAUUUUACUUGCUGCAAAUUAAAGACCUGGAGGAGCAGGUCCAGAGAUACCAAGCCAAAUGUGAUGAGCUGGAAGUGCGAGAAAAAGACCUGAUCAAUGAGUACGAGACUCUGAAGAAAGACAAGAAGGAAAUUGUGUCUUUCUUGAAGCGCACCCUCGACCAACGAGCAGAUGAGCUGGCGGACUUAACUGAUCGCUUUUUGGGGCUCCAGCAGGCCAAAGAAGCCGAGAAGGUGGCAUUUGAGGCACAGCUGGCUCAACUGCGGCACGAGUUUCAAGAGACCAAAGAUCAAUUGACCUCUGAGAACAUGGUCCUGGCUGGGAAGUUAGCAUCACUGGAGGAGUUCCGGCUCCAUAAAGAGGAGAUGAUAGCCAAAAUAGCCGGCCUGGAAGCACUUGUGAAAAGCCAAGAGGAUGAGCACCAGGCUGCCAUAUAUGACCUGGAAAAGAAAAAUGUCCUGGACAAAGACAGGCUGAAAAAGGAGAUGUUGGAGAGAGUUGCUUCAGUGGCAGUUGAAUUCCGUCGGGUGUCAGACAAGCAAACGGCAGAAACCACAAAACGCAUGAUACGAGAAAAUGUGCUGUUGAGUGCUCGGCUGAGCAAAGCGUCGGCCAAAUGCAUCGAGGUGCUGGAGGAGAACCAGGCGCUCAAAGAACAAGAGGAAAUUCAGAGACGCCAGCUGGGAGUGGUGGAACAGGGGCAGAAUGACCUGGCCAGGAGAAGUAUCAGCAACCAAAAGAUAGUGAGAAUGCUGACUGAAAAGUGCAAGACACAGCAGAAUAUUUUGCAGUCAUAUGUGAUCCAAGAUCAGGAGACCACCCAGCUACAGUCCAGACAUGUUGUCCUACAGAAAGAACUGGAUGCAGUCCGGCAGGAGCUCCAAACGGCGCAGAAGGGGCUGGAACUGAAAAACAAGGAGGCUGAAGAACUGAAGCAGCAUCUGAUGGAGGAACAAGAGGCGCGAGACAAGAUGGGACAGAUCCUGAAGGGGGCGGCGUUCGCCCUCAAAGAAGUGCUUCUGGAGACAUCAUCUGAAGACGAGCCUCUAACAGACGCUCAGGAUUCUGCCAUCAGAAGUCAGAUGUUGCAGGCCCUCUUAUCCCUGCUUGACAGUGCGGCCAUGCUGGGACUAGGACCAGCCCUUAAGGAGUUCUUCUUGGAUGCGCCUGAUUUCUUGAUGCAUAAAAUGGAACCAGGAGGAAAAAGAUCAGAAGAUAUUUCUGCAAAUGUUAAGGCCCCGAAGCUCCUCCCGCACUAUAAAAUGGAAGAUCUAGGGCUGGUUCCCCGGCCUACCCAGCCCAUUAAUUUGCCAAAAGUGGACAUACUUUCUAAAACUUCAAGGAACGGAAUGGCUAAACAUCUAACUCCUCUCCACAAACAGCAAGCUGCUCUUUCAGACAAGUCUCUUGAAGGAAGGCCUGCAGGUUUCUUGCCACAGAUCAAAAUGGCGCUUACAUCUUCUACAGCACAGACCUGACAGAAACACUGGAAGAAAAGCACAUGCCAGUCAUACCCAGAGAAGGACUCCUGUAUGCCCAUCACACCGAGAAAAAAGGCAGUUACGCCCAGACUCUCCUGUACUGUAUACCACUUCAACAAUGACUCCUAUGUACCAAUUACAUCUAGAAAAAGAGACAUCUGCCUGUUAUGAGAAAUGUAUGUCCACACAAAGACUCCUGCAUGCCCCUUAAAGACUAAUGUGUGCCCAUUGUACUAUACUCAAUCAGUACAAAAUUAUAUUUUUGUGUAACAUUAAAAUGAUUAAGAUCUCCAAAGUAUAUCAUUGGCCCCAUAAGUCAGUAAAGCCAACACAAACCCAUACAAAUGUCCAACGCAUACAGCAGUGAGGCAAAUACACAAGAAAGCCCAUCUUGUCUCCCCAGUAAGUUAACAGAUGCUGUUUUUAACCGUUUUGUAUAUAUGUGACUGAACAGACAUUGGCUGGCAUGGCGACACGACUGCUACAGCUGUGUCAUCAUAGCAGUUAAUUCAUCUUUGGCUGCAUGUUCUCUCAGUAUCAGAGGAACCUCAUUUUCUUCCUACAUCCAUAACACAUGAUGUGAUGUUGUUUUCUUUUCUUUCUUGGAGUGUAUCCAUUUCUGUGCUCUUCAAUAAACUAGUGUGCCAUUCAA